GUUCAAUUUCGCAAGCCAGGUCUUGGUCAAGGACCCAUUCUCCACCACCUAGCCGACCCGAGAUAUCGUACACGGUACCGACACCCCAACGGCCGGGACUCGACUACCUAGACUAGGCGAUUCCGCCUACAUAGCAGGCUCUAAUAUUACUCAAAUGCCGUGUGCAGUCUGCCAUCACCUGCCAGAUCUGUCCUGCCAUUUAUCCAUCUGACCUCCUGCCAUAUCAUAUCAUAUUGUUGGCACCCUCGCGGUUAAUUGCAGCUCAAACUGCAUCCCUCCCCCCCCCCCCCCCCAUCUGGACCAAUUCGUCGUUCCACAGCAGUCGGGGAAGAGAAAACGGCAGAGACCGCGUCCCGACGGCCGCCAACACGCCGCUUCACUUCCCGCGAAGCUUGCUGGGUCGCUGGCAAACGCGAGCCGAAAUGCCCGCCAUGGAAACCGCAAAUCGUCACCACCAUGGCCAGCAGCAGCCGUACCCGGCCCUUCCUGCUUCGCCCACGCUCACGAACCCCGACAUGAUCCUCCCCGACUACGAUCGUGCAGCGUCCCCGGACACGGACUCGAACGGGCGCGACCACUCGCCCCUCAUGAUGUGGAAGAACGCGCACGCCGCCGCGUCUGCGACUGUUAUCCAGCAGGGACACCAUCCCGACCACCCCUAUGGCCCCACCGGUCCGAUCACUCCCACGACGCCUAUCAUAUACGGUAAUGGCACCAUGCUCUCAGAUAUCGGCGAGGUCACGGAGGUGGAGAGCACGCCUGGGAGGCCGUCCCCAGUCAGGUCGAAGGGCAUCCAGGGGGGCCAGAAGUCGUCGACGCGAGGUAGCGGGAGCGAUACAGCGCUGCGAUCAUCGCCGACUAUAGGCGUAGUGUACGGGGGGAUGUUGAAGAAGCGCUCCAAGCAGAGCAUCGCCGCGCAGCGGGAGCGCCGGUCGAGCAUGGAGAGCACGAGCACCAUCACGACGAACGAGAGGCAAGAUCUAUUCGCGGAUUUCGACGACUCCAUCAGCGUGGACGAUAGCGUGUUCCAGGGCGACGACGAAGAGAGCGUGGCAGAAUCGUACACAGAAGAUGUGUCGGCGCACGAGAAUACUGCGCGACUAGGGAUACCCAAUACCGAUAACACGGACCGGCUGUCGACCUACUCAAUGUCGUCGAUAAGUCGGAGGGCAGAGCAUAUCCUGGCGAAUGCAAAGAAACGGUUAACUACCAUGGAAGGUAAUCUAACGAGGGCACGAGGCUCUCUGUAUCCCUCAACACCGUCCAUAUCCUCACUUGGCUCCGACGGAUCGACGCCGUCCCCACCCGUGCAACGGGCUUCCACGGCGAUCUAUGCGCGAGAAACCGACCCGAACUCCCCAACCUUCUCACAAGCGCGUACGCCCCUGUCAAGCGAUGGCAUCUCUCCCACAACAAUAUCAUUCAGGGGCUCUGUGCCGAGGUCAGCGAGUGCACUGGGAGUCUCGGGCGGAUACAGGCAACCGCUCACGGCCUCGAGAAGCGUCGACCAUCUGGGUAACUCGGAGGGGCAUCACGGCCAACCAGGCUAUAGGAUAUCUUGGCACCCGCGGGAUCGCGCCCUGGAACCACUCAGCGAGGACGAGGUCGCCUCGGCCGGGGAGCCAAGCAGUUUCAGCAAAGGAGCGAAUGCCGACCAGUUCCUAAGCCCGACAUUUGGAUCGUUCAGUGAUAGUGCCAACGGGAAUGAUCGGGGACUACAGAGGUCCGCAUCCGUGGCCCAGAUGAGAGACCUGAAGGACCAGGUAAAAGGCCUGAAGGGGAAGAUCUCGAGCCUGAGGGAACAAGCGCGUGCCGACAGCUUGAAGAGGAGAAGCUUGCAGAGCCUACGCACUCCAAGUCCGUUCACGCACGCACAGGUCGACCAGUGGUACGCAGAGCCGGAACCGCCCGUGAGCUCCGAAGCCGGCAGCACAAAUGCAGACUCGGCUAGGAAUCCGUGGAACGGGGAGCUCUCGAGCGUGGAUGGCGAGGGACAGGUUCCCCAGGGCGGGCAGGAGAAGUACGUCGAGGACGAGGAUUCUAUCUACAGCGAAGUCGAGACCAACACAUCCCUCAGGCCACCGGGGAAUCAGUCGCCUGAGAGGAAGGAACUCGCGACCACGACCGGGCCGGACGUUGUUACGGCGGGAGAGGAUGGGUCCGACGGAUCCGACCUGCAAACGGAGAACGGCGAUUCUGGGGCCGAAGGUCAAGACGAGGAUGACGUUGGGCAAGUAGACGAUGAGGCGGCGUACGACAGCGAAAGCGGCGAGUCUCUGUACCACGACACGGUGCAACACCCCAUCUCGCACGAGGACCGCGAAGACGCUUUCGACUACGAGCACUUCUUCCUGCACAGCGCGAUGGGCACCCUCAGCCAGCAGAAAUUGGCGAGGAGGGGCAGCAGAUCCAGCUUCAGCUCCGAGGACUCGGUGGAGACGACCCGCGGCCCGGCCGCCGAGAGCGGCGCGAAGAAGAGCAGCGGCGACGAGGAGGUCGACGGCCUCCCGACGACGAGGACAUGGCAAAGGAGAAAUAGCGACGCCUCGGUGUCGACCGUGGGGACGUUCGCCACCGCCAACGAGGGCGGCGCGGAAAGCAGUCGCGAAAGGGAGGAUCCGACGUCGGGACAGUUCGCCACGGCGGCUGCCAAGGAGAGAUCGGGCAGUCCCGAGACGGCUCGGAAGACAUCCUUCGCCCCCGGCAGCAUCGACGCGGGCUUCAACUUCCCGGCAUCCAGGCGCAGCACGGGGUCGAUCACAUCCAUCCCCGAAGAAGGGAAGGAGGGGCCCGGGUACGGGCACGGGCACGGGCACGGGGGCCCCAACUCGAGCUUCGGCAAUUCCCACGGCAUGUCCGCCUUCCGGCGCCCAAUGUCCAGCUCGGCGGCGAACUCGCUCCACCGGCCGUCCGUCUCGUCCUUCGAGUCCACAGGCACGAACCGCAGCUUCCCGCUGGUCAACCGGCCCAAGAAGGCCAACAGCGUCGGCAUCCUGACGCCGCACAGCUCGUCGUCGCUCGACCAGGAGGAGCUCAAGGCCCUCUCCGACAGCAUCAUGAGCGAGACGGCGAGCAUCUGCGAGCAGCAGCAGCACGAACGGGACACGGACGACGACAGAUCCACCAGGUUGCACAGGCCCAACGGCAGCGUGAGCAGCGUCAACGGCAGGAUGGCGGGGAACCCGAACGCGCCGCAGGCGAUGCAGACGCUGGUGCGCGAUGACCAGCUCCUCGUCGAGAGGCUGGUGGCCGGGCUCGGGCGGUGCGUGCUCGGGCUGGCCGAGAGCGGAAGGGCCAGCACCGAGAGUCGGAUGUACAGGAGGCGGAUCGAUGCGGCGAGGAGGAUUCUUGAGGGGUUGGAGGAUGAGGUGUGAGAGGGGAGGGUGUGGGCGCUUGGUUUCGAUUAUUAUGUGUGUUUCUAUUUUGGCCAUGACCCUUUCGGUCUGCCUGGUAUAGGUACAGGACCUGGGCAGGAGAUCUGUAGACCUCGGGGAGUUUUGUUUUGCCGUAUAAUUGCCCGGGGGGGUGAGACGAGACGAGAGGGGACUCGAGACUCGAUCGAGGACCGGUACGCAACGAUAUUUGACGCCGAACGAUACGAUGUUUUCCAUGGCGAACAAAACCAACCCCCUUCCAACUGGUCGGUCGCGGUGGUCGGUCGGUAUGUAAUGCUUCGAGGUCUCUGGUUUCGCGACUGUAACCCUUUGUUUGGCUAUUUCAUGGCGUGGGAGGAGCCUUACUGUUUGUUACCCUGGUUCCUUUUGAUUCGAUACCCAGUACAUU